AUGUCCACCUCCGUCAGCUCCAUCUUCCCCUCCGGCCUCCCCUCUUCCCUGUACACCGUCCUUCACCUCGACACCCACGCCUCCUCUGCCCAGAUCCGGGGUGCAUACCGCACGCUAGCACUCGUUCAUCACCCUGACAAGCACGCGACCGCCUCCCAGGAGCAGAAGGACGAGCAUGCACUUGUCUUCCAGCAGGUGGGGUUCGCGUAUGUGGUAUUGAGCGAUGCGGGAAGGAGGGAGAAGUACGACCUUACGGGAUCGGUGGAGGAACUGUCGGACCUGGGGGGCGAGGCUGGAUGGGACGCCUACUUCGAGCAGCUGUUCGAAGAGGUCACCAAGAGUCGAUUAGAUGAGGAUAAGGUGCUAUACCAGGGAGGGGAUGAGGAGCUCGAGGACUUGAAACGUGCCUAUGUGGAGCAUGAAGGUGACUUGCCAUCUAUAUUGGACAGCAUACCCCAUUCGAACUACACGGAUGAGCCCCGCCUUCUCGCCAGGCUCAAGCUGCUCGUCGCUGAUGGUACGCUACCCUCUUUUCCGGCGUGGGAAAAGACGCUAGCGGAUAAGAGGGCGGCGAGGGAGAGGAAAAAGCAGGGAAAGGCGGAGGAAAAGGAGGCGGAGGAGAUGGCCAAGGAGUUGGGUGUGUGGGACGAGUUCUAUGGAACGGGGAAGAAGGGGGCGCGACAGGGGAAUGGGAAAGGGAAGGGAAAGAACGGAGAGAAGGAGAAUGAGGAAGAGGAUACGAGCGCGCUCCAAGCUCUGAUAUUGAAGAAACGUCAAAACGCCGGGAACUUCCUAGACAACCUCGCUGCCAAGUACGCGCAGCCGGAGAAACCGAACGGGAACGCAAAAGGGAAAGGGAAAAGCAAAAAACGGCCGGCUCCGGAGGAGGAGGAGGAAGAGAGCCCGAAGAAGAUGAAGAAGGACGUGCAUGACGAGCUGGAUGGGAUGGACGACGAGUUGUUUAGGAAGUUACAGGAGGGGAUGUUCGGUAAGCGGGAAGGUGGGAAGAAGGGCAGAAAAGGGAAAUGA